ACUUCUCCACCUCUCCUUCCCUGGAAACAAGGCCAAGCAUUACCCUUAAUUGCUUCUUCCAUUUUGGCCAAAAGAGAAGGGUCGGAGGAGAGAAGAGAAAGAGGGAGAUUAGAUGGAAGAGUUCCGGCACUCCUACAAGGGCUAUAGGGGUGGCCGGAACCUGGGGAUUAUCGAUGAGAAUAGACUAAGAUCCGUGAACAGAGUGUAUGUUUGUCGAUCUCAGCCAUCAUUUGAUCGCUCAUUCGACCUUUUUCCGGUUAAGAAACGGGCAGUGAAGGCAAGGAAAAGCUCUCCACAUUCAAUCAAGUCAUGGUGGAACGAUCCCGAGAUGAAGAGGAAGAGGAGGGUUGCAAGGUAUAAGAUUUACACCCUGGAAGGGAAGAUCAAGGGUUCUAUAAAGAAAGCAAGUCGAUGGAUAAAGAAGAAGUGCUCUAAGCUGGUGCAAGGAUCCUAAGAAGGAAAAAUGCAAAAGAAGAAUAAAAGAAAUAAACAUGUAUGAUCAGAGUGUUCAAUGCACAGGUAAGAUAAUGGUUUGAUGAAUUUGUAAAGCUUUCUGAUCAAAUCUGAAUGCAGUCUGCAGUCUCUCUUUUCGGUUUUCUUCAACUACGUGCAAUAUGCUUAUUUU